AUCACCGAGCCGCUGUCUAGGUGGUGAGUGGGAAGGUAGAGUAAUCGAAGUCAGCACCAUCAUCGAUCUGCCUGGAGUCUCUCUCCCUGGCUGUCCGUCCUCUGUCAAGACCGACGAUGGACACGAGCCAUGCGCUGGACUAGGGCCGCUGUUCGCGGUGGGGUGUAGUGUGGAGGGGAACCGACUGAACUUGCGGGACACUCCUGCGGCUGGCCGUUCGGUUACCUGCCCCCUGCCUCGCACAGGAUUUGAACCUAUACGGCGGGCAUGUCUGCGAGCGAGCUGUGGAUCGUUUGCGCGCCGGGGGAGCCCGGCGCUCCUCAGGCGUGGGAGAAACUCCAAGCGGCCACGGAGAGAGCUGGGCUCUCAGAGAACCACAAGUUCCACAUCCCCGAACUCAAGGUGGGGACGCUAGACUCGCUGGUCAGUAUGUCUGAUGACCUCGUCAAACUGGACACCUUUGUGGAGGGCGUCGUUCGCAAGAUCACACAGACCAUGGUGGACGUCUUGGAGGAUGCGCGUGACAAGGCACGGGAGAACCUGGUGGCUAACGGGGCUGACCCAAUGACCUACGUGACCAAGUUCCAGUGGGACAUGGCUCGCUAUUCGGUGCGGCAGCCACUGCAGGCCGUGGCAGAUGUCAUUGCUAAGCAAGUGUCGCAGAUCGACUCCGACCUCAAGGGCCGCGCCUCGGCGUACAACGUGCUCAAGAGCGGCCUGCAAAGCAUCGAGCGCAGAGCCACUGGCAGUCUGAUGACGCGGAGUCUCGCUGACAUCGUCAAAAAGGACGACUUUGUCCUGGACUCGGAGUACCUCAUCACCCUGCUGGUUAUCGUGCCCAAGCCUAAUAUUGGAGACUGGAACAAAUGCUACGAGACUCUGUCUGAAAUGGUUGUCCCACGGUCGAGCCGGAUCGUGUUCGAGGACCCAGAAGGCUACAUGUGCACUGUGACGCUGCUGCAAAAAGCUGUGGAGGAUUUCAAGCAAGAAGCCCGGCGGAACAAGUUCAUGGUGCGCGACUUCCAGUACAACGAGGAGGCGCUAAAGGCAGACAAAGAGGAGAUAAACCGACUCAUCACGGACAAGAAGAAACAGUUUGGCCCUAUGGUGCGCUGGCUGCAGGUGAACUUUAGCGAGGCGUUUGUGGCGUGGAUCCACCUGAAGGCGUUGCGCGUGUUCGUGGAGAGCGUACUCAGGUAUGGGCUCCCUGUCAACUUCCAGGCGGCACUGCUGAAACCACGCAAGAACCAAAAGCGACUCAGAGAAGUGUUACAGCAGCUGUACAAGCACCUCGAUAAUGGGGCCGGCAUCUCUGUAGAUGCGAGUAUGGACCUACCAGGAAUGAGCUUCAAUAGCCAGGACUACUACCCAUAUGUGCACUUUCGUCUCGACCUUAAUCUCCUCGAAAGCAAAUAGGAGGAACAAGAAGUCUUCUGUUCAUUCAUGAACGCGGCAGAGGGAGCCACGACUUACUUUCAGGAACCUCAGGAUAGUUGACCAAUUCCUUAUGGAGUAACCUACCUGCUGUACUAUCUUCUGGCCAACUUGAAGGCUGUCCAAAGUCUCACUCGCGAACACACGAUCAAAAAAUAUAUUCAAAUAAAAGCUUUAUUGGAGCCAAUAGUUCAUGCAGCAACACCGUGCUGAUGACGGAGUUCGUAACCAAAUCAAGGCAAGGAUCCCACAUCAGUACCCAGUAGCACUGGCGUAUGAGACAACACGUUACCGACGGGUUUCGGUGAAGUUAAAGCCGGUAGCCAAAUAUCCACUGAAUUAUCAUGAAAUCAGAAGGCCAACCCGUUAAUGAAAUGUGUUCUAGUUUUAGCGCUUACAAAAAACUCCCCACAUUUGUAUACGCUUGAUAUUCAGAAAGUGUAUCAAAUCGUGGUUACCAAGCAUGAAUCCAAACGCUGAAGAGACAGCCGAAUUGACUGUUGCUCUAUUGACUUUUCAGAAAAGUCAAUACAGCACUAAAUACUUUAGCGCACCAUUUUCUGCAUACAAGUAAUUUGAGAAAACAUUUAAUUAGUUGGUUCUCAAAUUUUGAUUUAAAGCUUUCGUGACUGCAGGGAUUCAUAUUCUUGGUUCCUUCGGUAGUCACGUAGAAGGGAAACAAUAAAAUAAUAAAAAUAUAAAACAUAAAAUUCUCACGUUUAG